GAAGUUUAUUGUCGUUUUUUUCGAUCGAUUUCGCGAGGAUGGCUGGCUGCUGCGUCCCCGGUUGCAGAAACUCGACGACGAAAGGAUUCUCGGUGAGAAGUUUCCCAAGAGAUCGCGAACGAAGAAGACAAUGGAUCGUCAGUAUUGGCGUACCGAACUGGCAGCCCAACACGAACAGUCGUAUAUGCGAGGCGCACUUCGCCAAGAACAUGUGGGAAAAGGACCGCUGUGAUGGCAAACGCAAGUUGAAGUUUAACGCCAUACCCACGAUUUUCUCUCACAUGAAGACAGAACCCGCGAAGAAAUCGAACCCCGUCUCGUCGAAGAACAACAAUGGACUCUUUGAGUCAAAAAACGGACCAGUCAACAGCACCAUAAACAUGCUGAUCGCGAGUCUAACGGAGAAGGGAGAAGUCAAGAUAGAUCAUCAGUAUCAGUUGUACCCUAAUAAUGUCGAACAACUAAAUCAACAACUAGGGAACUAUCCGAACGCGUCCGCGCUCAUAUCUGCGAACGAAAAAGAGACGGACUGGAAGAAACGAUGCGAGGAGUUGACGCGUCGGCUGACGAGGAGCGAGAACGAAUGCGAGAGACUUCAGGGUGUCAUAAAGAGGCGGGAGGAUCUGUUUAACAAACUGAUAAAGAAGAGUUACAACUGCGGGAAACUUUUGAAGGAACGUUUGAGGAAACUGAGGAAAGAAAAAGAGCAGUUAUACGUCAGCCUAAAGGAUAUCUUCAAUGAAGAUCAACUUAGAGUUCUCACCAAUCCCACCGAGAGCUGUGACGAGUGGUGCGACGAUACGAUUAGGCGAGCUAUUCGACUAAGACUUGCUUGUAACAGCGUUGGCUAUCAAGAGAUUCUAAAACAACGUAUUCCUUUGCCCUCGGAGCAAGUAGUCCUGGAUAAAAUAGUUGAAAUAGGCAUUUAAAUUGUCAAAACUUUGGAACAUGUACAAGUUUUAUUACUUUGAUAUAUCAUGUGUAUUGUGACGAUUAAAUGCAGAAUAUUUAUUAUACAAUAUUAUUAAUAUUGUAUAAUAUUUUAUAUUAGCAAUACAUGAUUUUUAUUUGAAGAAAAGUAGCAUAAGUUUUUAUUUUGUAAAUAAAAUGGUUUUAGCAGUCUCGAAGGAAUUUGUUACCAUGAAAUGUGUUCUUAGAAAUGUAACGUUUUAGAACAGAGUUCCACAACUUAA